UGGCCCCGGGGCGGCCCGACACCGACCCGCCCCCGGCGGCCGGUGGCAGCGGGCGGGCACGGCUCGGCUCGGCACGGCUGAGGCGGCGGCGGCGGCGGCGGCAUGAGCCGGGGGCGGUGGCGGGACAUGGCCGCGGAGGAGCUGCAGCAGCAGUACUCCCCCAGCCGCUGGGCCCGCCGCCUGCGCGGGGACGCCGCGGUGCGGGCCCACAUCGAGGCGGUGACCGCAGGAACGCAGCGGGCGCGGGCCGGCACGCGGAGCUCGCUGCACGUCCCGUACGGGGAGGCGGACGGCGAGAGGCUCGACCUCUACUUCCCCGCGGAGCCCUCCGAAACCUUCCCCGCCUUCGUCUACAUCCACGGAGGCUACUGGCAGUGCUUGAGUAAGGACGCGUCAGGUUUCGCAGCCCCCCCGCUGGUGUCGCGGGGCGUCGCGGUGGUGGCGGUGGGUUACGACACAGCUCCCAAAGGCCACAUGGACGCGAUGGUGCUGCAGGUGCGGCGCAGCCUCGCCUUCCUGGCGAAGCAGUACUCCAGGAUCAGGGGUAUUUACUUGUGUGGACACUCGGCAGGGGCUCACCUGGCAGCUAUGGUGCUGUGCACAGACUGGACGGAGUUUGGAGUGGUUCCUGAUAUUAGAGGAGCUGUUCUGGUGAGCGGUUUGUACGACCUGGAGCCCAUUCUGCACACCUACGUGAACGAUGCACUGAACAUGAGCUGGGAAGUGGCCCAGAGGAACAGCCCCAUGCUGUGCAUCACACAAGCAGUGCCUGCGGCUGCAGCCUGUGAGGUGCUGGUGGCUGUGGCCCAGCACGACUCCCCGGAGUUCCGUAGGCAGUCGCAGGAGUACAGCCAGGCCCUGCGCUCAGCCGGCUGGUCUGUCUCCCUGCUGGAUCUUGCCACCGUGGAUCAUUUUGACAUAAUUGAGAAGCUGUCGGAGGACACCUAUAUCCUCAUACAGGUCAUUCUGAACAUGAUUGCAAGAGGUUGAUGGCAUGUUGGGAGCAAACUGGAGAUGGAAACCACAGCCCUGUGCAGUGACGGGCAGCCUCUGCACCCUGCUCUGCUCCAUCCUUGUUCCAGCCUGCUGGGUCUCCUCUGGUGGCACUGGGUGGCUGCUGCCCCAGACACCCCUCUGUAAGGGCUCUCUCGGGCGGAUGUGCCUCCUGUGCUCCUCCCAGCCUGCCACUAGGCAGGGGGGCUUGCAGCAGGAGAGCACCAGUUACCGCUGGUGUUCCCUCACCGAGGUGCUCCUGUGCUUUGGGGCUGUCCUUGGGGCUGGGCCAGCUGCGGUGCACAGGGCUGCAGGCCCGCUGGGGGCCUGUCUGGGUGACCAGAUGAUGCAGUUUGCUCCCUCGGGUUGCCUUAAACUGCUGAUUGCCAAUACAAAAUAAAAUAGGAAUAAACGCUG